CAACCUUCUUGUCUUUUACUAAUUAACUAGCUAUGGCUUUGUUUUGUGGUAGCACUAGUUUAAUGAUUGGUUUUUCCCUUUUGUUUCUCGUAUUAGGAAGUGUCAAUGCUACACUUUCCAAAGACUAUUACUAUAGUUCUUGUCCAAAACUCUUAGACACUGUGAAAUGCACAGUCGAAUCCGCCAUAUCUAAAGAGCCCCGCAUGGGUGCUUCUCUCCUGCGUUUGUUCUUUCAUGAUUGCUUUGUUAAUGGAUGUGAUGGUUCAAUUUUACUGGAUGACACAUCAAACUUCUUUGGAGAGAAAAAUGCGAUUCCCAAUAAAAAUUCUGCACGUGGAUUUGAAGUGAUUGAUAAAAUCAAGUCAGCAGUGGAGGAAGUGUGCCCCGGUGUGAUCUCAUGUGCUGAUAUUGUCACCAUUGCUGCUAGAGACUCUGUUGAAAUUCUUGGGGGCCCAAGUUGGGAUGUGAAACUUGGAAGAAGAGACUCUAGGACUGCUAGUCGAUCAGCUGCAAACAAUGGCAUUCCAGCACCCACUUCAAACCUCAAUCAACUCAUCUCAAGGUUUAGUGCUCUUGGUCUUUCCACCAAGGAUUUGGUCGCAUUGUUUGGGAGUCACACAAUUGGACAAGCAAGGUGCACUACCUUUAGAGGCCACAUUUACAAUGAGAGCAACAUAGAUACUUCAUUUGCUAACACAAGACAAACAGAGUGCCCAAAGUCAAGAGGGUCAGGGGACAAUAACUUGGCACCCCUUGAUCUCACAACAUCAACAUCCUUUGACAAUCACUACUUCAAGAAUCUUGUUGAGAAUAAAGGACUACUCCACUCUGACCAACAACUCUUCAAUGGUGGAUCCACUGACUCCAUAGUGAGUGGAUAUAGCAUGAAUUCAAGCUCUUUUUUCUCUGAUUUUGCUUCUGCUAUGAUCAAGAUGGGAGACAUCAGUCCCCUCACUGGAUCCAAUGGAGAGAUAAGAAAGAACUGCAGGAGGGUGAAUUUAUAACUUAGUUAAACAAAAAGAGUGUAUUGUAUUUUAAUCAUGCAUGUUUUUUCUCGUUGUUUGUUUCCAAUUCCUACAUUGUGUUUGGUCUCUAGUAAUUUAUUUUGAUUCCAAGUGAAAAUGUUGAAGGACAAAAGCUUUAUAUAUUAUGUUUUUUU